UGUUUGGAACAAGCAUGUUACAAGGCAUGGGAGGAGGAAUGCCUCAGAUGCCUGCACCUCCUGCUGAAGAAAGCAAGGAUAUUGUAAAUAUCAAUGACCUUAUUGAUACAUCAAAAUCAGAGUGCCAGAAUCUUGAUUCAGGGACCCCUCUGGUCAAUGUGUUCAUGGACAGUGAUUCUUUCGUACUAAAGUCAGACUGAGAUGAGCAACUUUUGUUCAAUCUUUAUUUCCAAUCAACAGUAAAGAUUCACCAUCUGGUGCUAAGAGCACCAGAUUUGGAGACAGCUCCUCUAAACAUAAAGAUUUUUAUCAACAAGUGUCCGAUGAGCUUUGAUGAUAUGGACGCUGUAGACCCUGUUGAAGAACUAGAAAUACAAGAAGGAGAGCUCGAAGGAGACAUUAUACUCAAUUUCGUCAAGUACCAGAGCGUUUCAAAUCUCACCUUAUUUAUUGAAAACAACAGAGACGGGGGAGAUGUAACCCAAGUCAGUAAACUUGAAAUUCAUGGAGCUUCUUUACUUGAAUCUGACAUGAAAAAUCUGAAGAAAGUUGGUUGAUCAUAGAUCAGUAGUCGGAUAGCUUAAAAAGCAUCCAACUGCCAAACCCACUAAAGCAGAGUUAUGGAAUUUAGAGGCACUCCAAAUUAUGAUUUGACUUCCACAAAAGGCAAUAAAACGCUUGCGAAGUUACUGAA